AUGGACGCUGCUUCACCCGGCAACGCAGCACGUAGACAGGCGUGCGAGCGCUGCUGGAGGCGAAAGCAAAAGUGUGACAAAGAAGUCCCAGUUUGCUCAAAUUGUCGCGAGGCUGGGACAGCAUGUGGUCCUCGUACCGCUGCUGUUGUGAUGUCAGGCGGCGAUUCUAGUGGUCUGAUCGCCGUUGGAGAUGGCUAUAUUCAGACACUGAAGCGGCGCAUUAGGCAUCUCGAAGACUUGAAUCAGAGGAAGAGAGCCCGCGUUGCUGAACCAAAUGCUUCACAUACACCAGAAACCAGCAGCACAACACCAGCGGCACUGACCGGCCAGACUGCCGGCGAGCAGCAGACUCCGAUGAGCAGUGUUUCCGUACGCGAUGCACUGAAGGACUUUGGCCACUUCGCCUUGAACGUCCAAGAUUCUAACAGAGUGACCUAUUCGAAUGCAUUCACAAUGUUCUACUUUGUGGAGCUCGCCAUGCUCACAGCGAAUUCGCAAACACCUGGCACAGGACUGUCUCUCGGCUCGACCCAGUAUCAUGAUCAGCUCGUACAAUCACUCGACCUUCGACGAGACGAGACAUCGGCUCUCAUCUCUCAGUACGCCAAAUCUGUCCUAGUGCUCUACCCAUACAUAUCGGAGCAAGAGCUUCUUCAAUACCACGACAUUGUUUUGCAGUUCCAAUCCCGUGGUACUAACGCAAUGACCUGCGACACAAGUCACUGCUUCUUCAUCGUCUAUAUGGCUCUGGCGACUGUGUGCUCCAACUCCAGCAAGAGACCCGUGUUCGACUUUCUCGCCUCGAAACUAUGGGUUCAUGCAUCAGCUCUGGGCAAAGACAUCUCCAGCAAUCACUCCGUGCAGUGCAUGAUCUCACUUGCACUUUGCGUGGUCCACGGCCAAGGUCAUCAUUACGCCACCGAGAUUGUGGGCAUGGCGAUGACCAGGGCGAUAGCGUCGGGCUUUCAUCGACUGCGAAGUUGCUCUCCAGAAGAAACCGGCCAGGAGGAGAUCCAAGAGAAGAGGCGUGCCUUCUGGAUCAUCUACGUCCUGGAUCGAUUGCUUGCCUACACGAUGGGUCGUCCAUGUGGCAUCGAGGACCAGGACAUAUCUACUCAGAUUCCGACGCUGCCUUCACACUCGGAAGAUGUGUGUAGCAGUCGAGACUACUAUCUCGUCCAAUUGGUCGAGCAUGCGCGAGUGCUAUCUGUUCUCAAACGCAAUGCUCGUCGCCCCAGAAUGUACUUCACAAGUCUCUACCAAUCUUGGGUAGAGUCAACGCUUCUCCAGUUGCGAUCGACGGGAGACGAACGUGCAAGAGAAGUUUUUCUAAGGCUCAAAUGUCGUCUACUCGUUGCGAUACAUAAUACGACGAAGGACAGUACAACUCUUAUCGCCGAGACUACUUUGCUGGACGAAGAGGACAUCGAUGAUACUCUUACCUCUUGUGUCGAGUGGCUUCGUUGUCUUGAAACAAGAUAUGAUUCCGAUGGCAUCGUUCGAUGCCUCACAGACCAGUACGAGAUUGCCAGCAUUGGCAUCAUGUGUUCAGACAUUCAACACGGCCUCCCUGCGGAACUAGCUCCCUCUUUCGCAAGCACAUGCUCCAACGUCAAGAUGCUAAGCGUCUCGCUCUUGAGCUACCUCUCCGCAACAUACCCUGCAGCGGCACAAAUGCGCAAAGCCCUUUCAGCUCUCGAUGCCGACGACCAUAGCCGCCUGCUGGAGCUCUUGCAGCAGGAUCAAUGGACCGCUCUCGUCCCACGCAUGAUUCGAGAGGCAAUAGCUAGGCGCAUAUCAAUCACCUGA